UCUUUUUUCAGCCGUAGCUUUUCUUUUCGUCUUCAUCAGCAAAUUCACUGUACAAUCAAAGUCAUUCAUACAAAUACAGACAGGUCGUGGACACGGUCAGUGGGAGGCCUCACACAAAAACAUGAAAUAAAGGACACAAAUGAAAAGUGCGAGAAACCCUCUGGACUCCUGUGUGUCUCUGACAUUUCCUGUCAGCAGCGGAAGUGUCUGGAAUUCUGCUCAGUCUCCGAAACAGACGUUUGCCGAAGGAGGACGGAGCGAACGGCGUCUGCAUCUCUUUACACUCACUCCAUCAUCAUCGUCCUGAGCCAGUGUUCCCGCUUAACGUAAAUAAAAAUCGCUAUAGGACAUGCGCUACCAGGUCUGCGCAGUCGACGUGAACGCCUGCUUGGACACAGGAGAGGAUUAAGUUACCGCUGCUGGCGGUGGAUUAUUUUAUUGGCCUCUUCCUGUCACGAGUCUUUGCUGGUCUUUGUUUUUACAACCAAGAUAAAUCGUUAUUUGAAAAGCGACAACAAAACAGAUCAAGAUCUGGGUUUUGAACAAACUACCCAGGAACACAGAGCUACAGUAUUUAAGAUAUGUCUUUCCGGCGAGGUGUCGUCAGACAGAGCAAGUUCCGCCAUGUUUUUGCUCAGGCAUGGAAAACUGAGCACUGCAUCGAUGACGUCAGAGUGUCCCGUGUGACGUGGGACAGCCCCCUCUGUGCAGUCAACCCCAAAUUCAUCGCCGUUAUUAUCGAAGCGGGUGGAGGAGGAGCCUUCCUUGUUGUUCCCCUCAGCAAGAGUGGCAGAAUCGACCAGUCCAGCCCGACAGUUUGUGGCCAUGCAGCACCGGUGCUGGACAUCCAGUGGUCGCCUCAUGACGACAACAUCAUUGCAAGUGCCUCAGAGGAUUGCACCGUAAAGUUGUGGCAGAUCCCAGAUGGGGGUUUGACAAGUCCAUUGACCGAGGCCAUUGUGACCCUUGAGGGCCACAGUAAAAGAGUGGGCAUCCUGGCUUGGCAUCCAACUGCUUUCAACAUCCUCCUCACUGCAGGCUGUGAUAACAUCAUUUGUGUGUGGAACGUGGGGACAGGGGAGCUUGUGUACCAGCUGACCGAUGCCCAUCCAGAUCUGAUCUACAAUGUCAGCUGGAAUAAGGAUGGCAGCGCUGUCUGUACUGUCUGCAAAGACAAGGCCCUGCGCGUCAUUGACCCUCGAAGAGGCACCGUUCUCAAGGUGAGAGAGAAGGUCCAUGAUGGUACCAGGCCUAUGAGAGCUGUGUUCCUCUCAGAUGGGAAGAUCCUGACCACAGGCUUCAGUCGUAUGAGUGAGAGACAGAUGGCAUUGUGGGAUACUAAAGAUCUCUCAGAGCCAAUGGCUGUACAAGAAAUGGAUACAAGUAAUGGAGUUCUUCUUCCCUUUUAUGACCCUGACACAAACAUGGUCUAUCUGUGUGGAAAAGGGGAUUGCACCAUCCGCUACUUUGAGGUGACGGAUGAAUCUCCGUAUGUUCACUUUCUCAGCUUAUACAGCAGCAAGGAGCCGCAGAGAGGGGCAGGCUUUCUGAGUAAAAGAGGUGUGGAUGUCAACAAGUGUGAAAUUGCCAGGUUCUACAAACUGCAUGAAAGGAAAGUGGAACCCAUCUCAAUGACUGUACCAAGAAAGUCAGAUCUGUUUCAGGGAGACCUGUACCCAGACACUGCAAGUCUGGAGCCGGCUCUCCUGGCUGACGAAUGGAUUGCCGGGCAAGACGCGUCACCGCUGUUGGUCUCCCUGAGUGGUGGCUACUCAGCACCUCCAUCCAAGCACAGAGACACCCUCAGGAGCAAGCCCAAGCUGGUCUCACAGGACUCUGGUACUGGGGCUGCCUCACCUGCAACUGGCCACGUAGCAGCUCCCUGUGCCGACAAGGACACGGAAGAAGAGGUGACACAGCUUCGAGUAGCCAUGAGAGAGACGGAUGGAAGUAUUGAGAGGCCGAAGAAAGAGGAUGACGUGUUGAAUGAGUUGUUAGCAGAAAUGAAGGCUCUGCGCGCCGUCGUACUCGCUCAGAGCCAGAGAAUCGAGUUGCUGGAGAGGCAGCUGGCUCGGAUUGCAGAUGGGGAUGUAUGAGGAAGCAGGAAGUUCACUACAUUCAGAGGGGCAUUCCCUACUAAAUCCAUAGAGCAUAGCCUUAUUAGAAUCAACACCUUGAGCUGUGUAAGUGGAAGAAUGCGUUGUACAGUAGCAACUGACUGUGAAUCAGAGUGGAUUACAACAUCAACUAUUGCAAUGAAAACAUAAUUAGCUUCUGUGAUCGUUUUCAAGAUUGUGGUCAAGAUCAACUGUGUCAUCUACAGUUAGAAAGAGUGACACUUAAAGUGUCAUCAUUUUUUGUUUCUGAGGAAGUUGUAGUAGCAGCAGCAGCUGUUUGGUGUUGCAUUUAGGAGCUUUGCAAGAUUAACUUUAAAGGACUUUGAAGGCGAUUCAGUGGCACCAUUGCCCCAAUAUGAUGUGUGAUUUAGGAGCAAACAGCAUUCAUUUUAAAGCCUCACAUUCUAUUCUUUUUUUCACUCACAAAUGUUAGCAUUAGGGCUCUUUAAUCAGGUAGUUAAACUUUGAUGUCAUAUCAGACCCUCAAUUGUUAACACGUCCAGUCACUUGUGUUUUGUUUCUCUCCACUGUAGGAGGCUGUGUGUGACAUUAACAGUCGGAGUAUCUAACAAAUGAUGAUGUUCACAGACAGACGUAUUUGAGUGAUAGGUGAUGAGAGCUUAAUAUUUAUGUGUACUGUAAUUCUUUGUAGUCUUCGCAGUCAAUGAAAAGGUAACACUUGUGAUUUCUGUACCUCUUGCUGUCAGGCGGUCUGUGACAUCACGAGGAGAGAUAUUUGUCCGGAUGAUGCAACUUGAGUUACGCAGAAAUUCAAGGUCUCCUCACUUUUGACGUCAGGCUUUCACUUCUCAUCACAGAGCUACUAGCUAAACUGAAAGAUGCCCCGAGUAGCAUACAAGUAAUACAUGUAUACAGACCAUAAAUACGGUAUAAUCCUAAUAUGUGUUACAAUGCAUACAUUAACAUAGUCAAACCAGUUUAAGAAAGGCUUCGCAGCUACAAGAAAGAGGAAGUUUCUGUAUAAAAGGUGGAGCAUUUUAUACAGAUUGCGAUUGCAUUUGUGAUGGUGUUGUUUUCCUUUACAUAUACACUUCUGUUUUGCAUAUCCAUCUGUCACUUACCAUGUAACAAAGAUACAUUCCAGGUCAAGUUUCUCCAUCUCUUACUUACAUUGUAAAAUGUACAGUAUUUCUUUCUGCACCAACCUCUUAACACUAAUUGUAAAACUAGUAGCAUUUUAAAGGGGACCCCCUUUUGCGAAAGCUCAAUAAAUAUUCAUUCCUUCUUUGUAUAAA